AUGGGAUGCUCCCCAUCUAAAGGUAACAAUUUUGUGGCUCAUGGCACCUUUGGGAGGGGCAGGACACUACUACCAGGGGGCAAAGAGAGCAUAGGGGAGUCCCAGUCUGAUUGUGGAGGGAGUGGAGGCUCCUCUGGAACAGGAGACACUUGGGAGAGGAGAGAUGGGGAAAGGAGACUGGCUGGGCAGACCCAAUCUGCUCAGAAGGAAGCACCUUCAACCCCACAGAAAAGGAGACCCUCCCUGACUGAGUUGGUUCCAGAAGGGGUCAUCCUAGAUAAAAAAGUGGGGACUCAAGAGACAGAUAAGACAGGGCAACAUGGAAAAGAGAAACAAGGAGACAAGCAAGAUAUGGCUGACAAAAAGGGUGGACGAAAGCCAAAGAAAAAUGGUAAAGGAGUCAAGUCAGCUAAAAAGAAAGAGAAGGACAAAAAAGCUCCCCUUGUGGAGCAGAAAGUUGACUUUCCGGAACCUUUAGUGAAAGCCCACCAGGCUGCUUAUGCCUUUUUAAACCCAAGUAUCAGCAAAUAUGAGAUUCUACUGGGGCUACUGGACCAAGCAACCCAGACCCAGAUGUCUGUGCAGCCAAUGGUGACCUUCAUGGCUAUGCGCUACGAGGAAAUCAACCGAGGGCUGGAGGAAAUGGCAGACGAGGGUGAAAGGCUUCUGAAGGACAAUGGGGAGCAUCUCGCCUGGCCAAGCCCAAUGAAAAACCUAUCCAGUUCUCCCCCUCUCAAAUCUGGUUCCAUCAAUGCUGAGCCUCCACCAGAUCUCUUGCAGCAGCUACUUCAGUAUACCACUCAAAGGAUGCAAAAUGUGGGCCAGUCUGUGGGUGGCAUUGGGGACUCUGCCUUGGAGGAGGCAGCUGAGUACUUUACCUCUGUCUCUGAGCUGCUGGAGGAUAAAUUAAAAGCCAAGCAUGCAGCGGAGACAAGACUGAUGCAGUUGCUGACUCGUAUUGAGGCUGCCUCACUUCGUAAGCCCGGACCAGAGGACUCUGGAUUGUUCAGUGAGGACAGCGGAAUUGGGGCUGAAAGCGAGUCACUAGCUGGGUCUGAAAGACGACUCCGUUGUGAAAGCUGUGAGUCCACUGGGUCCAACCGAACCACUCCUUACAGUCCUUUUGGCAUUAAUGCUAGCCCAGUCCAGCAAGGGGCACCAAGGCAAAAUUUUAUUAAGAAAGUGAGCCACAGCAACUCCCUAAACUCCAUAGACUCAGUGUGCACCAUAAUGGAUAAAGGAUCUGCCUCCUUAGACGAUGGUGAGGAGCAGGGUGAUGAUGAUGAGGGGGAAGAAGAGGGACAAGGUGGCAGGACGCGAUCUCACGCCUCACUCUCUGGUCCUAACCAGCAACCUUGUCGCCUGGUACCCAAGCGCAUAGAAAACCCUCAAAAUGUGGAAAUGACCCUGAAAAUGAAAGAUGCCAUAAGUGGUCGGAUUCGAUUUGUUCCCUCACAACGCGACAGUGCCAAAACUAAACCAACAGACAGCCCUAAGACCAGGUGCCAGUGGACAGAGGGGGGAUCACCAAAAAGGCCCCAUCGAGCAGCCUCUGUACGGAGGGAAAUUAAAAAGACCCCUGUUCCUAAAGAGCACCGUUCACAGUCUGCAGAAUCCGUUCGCAGCAAAGGUGAAGAUCCAACACUGAUUGAACUAGAGAGGACACAGAAGGAUCUUAGUCAGAGGCUAGAGAGGAUGAGCAAAGGCAGGACGGAGGGGAAUACCAAGGCAGGUCUCACUAAACAGAACCUAGGAGAUUCUGCGACGUCCCCAGCAUCCAAUCGUCUGUGCCCCACCCUGCAGAGGAACAACAACAUUCUUCCAAUCCAGGACAUUGCAGGGCUUAUGAAGCAUGACUCUGGGGAACACAGGGCAGGCAAUGACAUUGAGGAGAAAAAGACAGACAAGAAAAGUACCAAGGGACCGUUUAAAGCCACCCCACCACCUAGCCCUACAUUGGGGCCAUUGAAAGCCACCCCACCUCCUAGCCCUCCAUUGUCACAUCGUCCAUGCUCAGGACUGUUUCGGGGAAGGAAUUCUGUCAAAAGACUGAUUGACUCCUUCAGCCAGGGGGUGGAAGAGCCCAAACAAGAGGCAUCCAAAGUGUUGGGGCCUCUUAAAGGGGUUCGAAAGUGUGGUGUUCACGUUAUGCCUGGAGUAGGUGACAAUGAAGCCAUAAUGAGCAGUGGGGUCAGCAGUUGUAGGACAUAUGAUUUGGACCUUGAAAGUCUGCCACCCCCUCCUCUUGAGGUUUUGAUGGACAAUUCCUUUGAAGGUGCACAGAGCCUCACAGUUAGCAAUGUAGAUGAUGGGAUUGCAAGUAGAGGUCGAUCCCCUGUUCCCAAGAGGGCUACAGCAUCUCAGAAGAUGCGUGCCUCCAUGCGUUCUGUGUCAGUCCUACCCAGCAGAGGCAACCUGCCCCAGGGGUCUAGCAGCAUGUUUCCUGCCCGGACUGUCUCUGCUAGUUCCAGAGUUAGCCACGAUGAGCCUCAGCUGGAUGUAGACCCUGAGACAGAGGAGGCGGCCACUCUCUACAAGCAAGCUAGAAAAAUCAUCCACUUGCGGCACUCCUCAGAGUCUCCUAUUGAGAAAGGUCAUGCUGUGCCCAAAAGGUCCUCUCCCAAUCGAGCAGCAUCAGGAGGGAGACAGGGAGAUGACAGUCCUUCUGAGACAGUGCCUCCCACAUCAACCAUCAGUAGCCAACCACCUGCCACCCCACCUGUAUCUAGAAUCCGAAUGCUGCCUUCCACGCCUUCAACCCCAAGUGGCUUGCAUCGAAGAUUACCCAGUCCCACCACCUUCAGAAAGCAGCCUACGCCCCCAUCCACAAACAGCCCUCCGGCCAUUCGCAAACUUCCCACCCCACCACCGCUUCAGAGAAGACUUCCAAGCCCACCUGCCUCAAGAAAAGUACUGACCCCAAACUCCAGCUCUUCUGACUCCACACAUUCUUUCAAGGCACCCUCACCACCAACGUCCCCAAGGGUACAAAGAUGGAAACGGGAGAACAGCAGCAAGGACUCCAGCCCAGGUGCUUCAGCUAUCCCUCAGUUGAUCAGUAACGCUCGCUCUGUUUUCUGCCCGGCCUCAUCCUCACUGUUUGAGGCCCAGCCUUGCCCAGUACCCUGCCCCCCCCAGGCUUGGGCCUCCAUCAGUGGUAGUGUUGUCCCGCCUUCCUGGGGAAAUCGUGGUAGGCUGCCUACGUCUGUGCGAGGGCCCAAACCUUUCAUCCGACGCAGCCACUCGGACAGGAGGCCCAGUUUAAGCUUGCCGUCCAGGGCACCCAUUGUCUCAUUUGCAGAGACUUGUGGUAGUGAGCCGGCCAUCAGCAUACACGGGCUGGAGGACGAGCCAAGCAGAGAAGACGAGUCGUGGGACAGCAAAUCAGAUUUCAGAGGGAAUGCCCACUCUGCUUCGCACCCGGACCUGUGCAUCGUGGGUCAGGGCCUUACAUUAUGA